UUUUGCGCCGCCAGCCACUAGGAGGUCGAGUUAUUGAGGAGUGGGUAACCCCAUGGAAACGGGGCGGCGCUGAGAGCUGAGCUGCCGGCGGGCAAGAGCCGUACGUUGGCACCGGUGACCCGGCCUUGAAAAGCCGUGGAUCGGUACCCGGAGUCCAGCGCCCACCGGAGAGAUCCACACGGAGUGGGAAUAGCGGCCCUGCGGUUUGCGGGGAAGAACCGCUGACCGGCAUCGUUAGCCCCGCGGCCCGUGUACCGGACUUGUAGCCUGGAGCUCCUUGUCGUGGAGCGGAGCCCAGCGGCAGUGGCGGCGCAGGAUGAUUCGUAUUGCAGCUUUAAAUGAUACCACAGUGGUGGAAGACUAUGAGGAAUCUUUCAAGAGCCACAAAACUCAAACCAAAGAAGCUCAGGAAGCAGAAGCUUUUUCCCUGUACCACAAAGCGUUAGAUUUACAAAAACAUGAUCGUUAUGAAGAAUCUACAAAGGCUUAUCAUGAGCUAUUGAAUACUCAGCUGUUGAAAGAGGCUGUUCUAUCAGGUGAUGAGAAUGAAGGUUUAAAGCACCCAGGAUUAAUGCUGAAGUAUUCUACCUAUAAAAACUUGGCCAGUUUGGCAUCCCAAAAGGAUGACCCGAGUACAGCAAUGGAAUUUUAUCUUGAGGCUGUAAUGUUGGAUUCUACUGACGUAAAUCUCUGGUAUAAAAUAGGAAGAGUGGCAUUGAAAUUGAUUCGAGUUCCACUGGCUCGCCAUGCUUUUGAAGAAGGACUGAAGUGUAAUGCUGAUCAUUGGCCAUGCCUGGACAAUCUUAUCACUGUACUAUAUACACUUAGUGAUUAUACCAAUUGUCUAUACUACAUAUGUAAAGCUUUGGAGAAGGACUGCCGGUAUAGCAAAGGCUUAGUUUUGAAAGAGAAGAUAUUUGAAGAACAGCCUUGCUUGAGAAAGGAUUCUUUUCGUAUGUUCUUGAAAUGCGAUAUGUCUAUUCACGCUUUGGAUGUGGAUCCAGCCGAGGCCAGAGCUGUGAUUGAGGAAGCUCUUGAGCUACGCAGAAAUAAACAGGCUUUGGCAGUUCAAGAUGAGGAGCCAGAUCUUCAGCUUGCACAACCAAUAUCUCAGUUCACGUGGAUGUGCCUAGGUGAGAGCUUACUGGCUACAUACAUAAAUUUGACAUUAUCUGAGCCACCUCACCCUGGUCUUGGUAGGAUGAUAGAUCUUUGCAUGUACAGAGAUCCUUCCCAGCAUCUCUUGACAUCACCAACAGGCACACCUGUCAGCGUCAUCCAGCCCAAUCCCACGACUUCCAGUCCUGCACCAGUGGUGACAACACCAACAAUACCAGCACCAGCGCCAGCCACAGUUACACCAGCUGCUCCACCUCCUACUUCAAAUGUAGCAGAAGCUGUUGUGGUGCAAGCAGACUCUUUAAUCAUGGACAAGUCAAAGAAAGGCUCCAAGAGGAAGCGGACUGCUGAUGAGGUUGGGGAGCCAGCUAAGAGGCGUUCGGCCCGAGUGAGAAACACCAAGUGUAAGAAAGAAGAGAAAAUAGACUUUCAGGAACUGCUGGUCAAGUUCCUGCCAUCAAGGCUGAAGAGGUUAGAACUGGAGGAUGAAGAAGAUGCUUUUAGUACCUUUGAAGUACAGACAGAACUGAAAAAGGAAAAUCAACAACUAAUGGGUCCUUAUAGAAUGCAAUUUGACCCUUCAUCUUUCAUGGAAUUCGAAAAGCAAGAUGUUCACAAGUUCUUACUGAACAAUCUGAAGAAUGGUGGAAUACUGGAUCUGAUGUUAAAAUAUCUAAAGGUACUUGGUCAGAAGUUCUUGGCAAAAUGGCCACCUAGAUUGGCAGAGGUUGUGCUUUCAAUUUACAACAGCUGGAGAAAACACUGCAGCAGCCUGCCUAAUCCUAUCCUACGAGAGUGCAGCAACCAGCACAUCAAGGAUAUGAUGGUAAUGUGCCUGGUGUGUAUGGAACUACAGCUCGAUCAGUGGCUUCUGACUAAGUCCAAAAGUACCACAGUUUCUCCUCGGAAAUGUACCUCCAGUAACACAGCUGCACAGCUGGGGCCUGAUUUUCCGGGAAGCCAUUAUUUGGGGGACCUGAUUCAACUGGCCUUCACUUCCUCCCAGAGGGAUCUGUUUGAGAAUGACUGGCUAGUUUUUGUUGUUCAAGUAUACUGGUUGAAAGCUAGAUUCAUGGCAUUGCAGGGUGAUAUGGAACAAGCUCUGGAGAGCUAUGAUAUCUGCACUAGUUUGUUUUGCAGUUCCAUGGGGAUUAAGGUUGGCAGCAGGAAUGGUGAUAGUUUUACUAUCAGACUGCCGAAUUUACAUGUGGAUUCUGCUAUAUCGUUGGAAGAGAUUGAUAAAAAACUCAAGUCACUUGAGAGAUGCCAGAGUCUUGAGGAGGUUCAACGACUGUAUGAGAUGGGUGAAUAUGAUCAGGUUGUGAAGCUGUUGCGACCCACAUUGUCCCUUGGUGCAAUUGGCCGAACAAAGCCUCUCGAAUUUGUUACCUCCAUCCCUGAGCGACCUGCUCAGCUCCUCCUGCUGCAGGACUCAUUAUUAAAGAUGAAAGAUUACAGACAGUGCUUGGAGUGUUCUGAAGUUGCCCUAAAUGAAGCCAUUCUACAGAUGAACAAUGUAUCAUCUUCAUCCUCAAAGGAAGAGUGGGUUUCAACAGUGACUCAGCUGUUGACUGGGAUUGACUACUCUUUGUCUGGUGAUAGCAGUAUCCUGGAGGAACAAUCCAUGAACCCGUGUUUUGUCAGAUUUGCCAACAAUCUCAUUCAGAUAAUUGACAACAGCAUGGGGAUAUCAGAAGAUGCCAAAGAACCCCAUGUGUCAUCAGUGCUGCCUUGGAUAACCCUCUACAGAAUCAUAAAACAUGAGGAGGAGGAGUUUGACACACUUCGCCGUCAACACUGUAAGAGUGAAGACUCAGACCCUGAAACUCCAAUGCUGCCUUCCUCUCUAAUGCUACUGAACACAGCACAUGAAUAUCUGGGACGACGAUCCUGGUGUUGUAAUUCUGAUGGAGCAUUGCUUAAAUUCUACGUUCGAGUUCUUCAGAAGGAGUUGACUGCCUCAAGAGCUGAAGAUGCUCACCCCUUCAAAGAGGAACUUGAAACUGCACUUGAGCAAUGCUUUUACUGUCUCUAUGCCUAUCCUAGUAAGAAAAGUAAAGCAAGAUAUCUGGAGGAACAUUCGGCUCAGCAGGUUGAGCUGGGCUGGAAUGACGCAGAAUUUAUGUUUGACUAUUUCAAACCUAAGAAUUGCCCAGAAUUCGACAGUUACAAGACCAGCACUGUGUCUGCAGAUUUGGCAAAUCUCUUGAAGAAGAUUGCUGCGAUAGAUCGUGACGAAGAUAAUGUACCUCUUUCGAUGGAGAGUGUUACAGCAUAUAUUGAAGGCUCCGUUGACACGGUGCCAACACUUCCUGAAGGAACUGAUUCUGUGCUUCCUGUUGUUAAUGAGUUGUAUUACCUCUUGGCUGAUUAUCAUUUCAAGAACAAAGAACAGGCGAAAGCUAUUAAAUUCUACAUGCAUGACAUCUGUGUCUCCCCAGGCAGGUUUGAUUCAUGGGCUGGCAUGGCUCUUGCCCGAGCCAGUCGUAUCCAGGACAAGUUGAAUUCAAAUGAGUUAAAGAGUGAUGGGCCUAUCUGGAAACACUCGGUUGCUGUUCUGAACUGCUUUAAACGAGCACUUGAGAUAGAUCAUUCUAACCUCUCGCUCUGGAUUGAAUAUGGAUCCAUGUCUUAUGCACUGCACUCAUUUGCUUCACGCCAGUUAAAACAGCGAAAAAUGGAGUUGCCAUCAGAAGUUGUACAACAGAUGGAAGAAAGAAGAGACAGCAUGCUUGAGACGGCCAAGCAAUGUUUCUUAUCAGCAACACGUUGUGAAGGUGAUGGCGAUGAGGAGGAGUGGCUCAUUCAUUACAUGUUGGGUAAAAUAGCAGAAAAGCAGAAACAACCGCCAAAGGAAUACUUGGAACAUUACAAGCAGGCAGCACAUAAUCUACAUGAAGAUGCAGCCCAUUACCCACGGAAGAUCCAUUACCACAAUCCACCAGAACUGGCAAUGGAGGCUUUGGAGGUCUACUUCAGACUUCAUGCCUCAAUCCUCAAACUACUGGAGAAGGAUGAAGUAACUCUGGACUGCGAGAUGCUCUUCAGCUACAUCAAAGAAGCAGCACACGGACCUUUUGCCAGAGGUGAAGAGAAGAAUACAUUUAAAGUCAAUGAGAAGGAAAAGUCCUGUAUAAACGAUGAUGACUCCCAUUCUUCAGUUGGAACCGUACAAGGUCAAGGAAACCUUACCUCAGGUCCAGGUCUGACAUCCCCACCUUACACAGCCACACCGAUUGACCACGAUUACGUCAAACGUAAAAUCCCCCAUCAGCAGGCUUCAAUUGAUGAGAGAAGUCAAGAUAGCGUGAUUUUGGUACUUUCUGACUCUAGCUCGACCCAGGACGUUUUCACAGAUGCAGCCAGUUCCCAGGACAGUAGCAAGAAGAUUCACUCUGGUAAAGGUAGUCCUUCAUCUUCCUCAACCGUGGAGGCUGCUGUUUUAUCCAGGGAGAGCCAUGGAAAACUAGAAGAAGAAGAUUUUGGGUUACGAAUGUCAUCGGAGGAUUGUAGAGCAGGCAAUGCAGAGAUUACAGACGCCAUUGAUGCUUUGACUUUGAGGCUGGCUGAACGUACAGGUCACAGAGCACCUAUGGAAACUGCUAUACCAUCAAGGGAGAAUUAUAGGAAGCUGGAAGAAGAGGAUUCAGUGGGACGAGUCUGCUCUGAGCUUUGCAGAGGAAGCAAUAUGGAGAUCAGUGAAGGCAUAGAUGCUCUGGCUUUGAGACUGGCAGCACAAGCAGGGGCAAAAUUGCAUACUGAGUCACAGUGUCAGAUUGGCAUCACAAGCACAGCUAUUGUCACUCCCACCAGGACCACCUCCUCAUCUCUCUGUGACUCAAAAAAGAAAACAACCGAACCUCCAGGAGAUACAAAAGACACCUACAGAUUGGAGGACCUCCCUCAGAGCCUGCCAGGAGAUGAGAAGGAGCAGCGCCGAGUCUUGAUCGAGCAGUGUACUAGAGCACUGCAUCUGUGUCUCAGCCGAUUCCCUCAGCACUACAAGAGUCUCUACAGACUGGCGUAUCUAUACAUUUACAGCAAGACACACAAGAACCUGAACUGGGCUCGAGACGUGUUGCUUGGUGUUACUGUUCCAUGGCAACAGUUGAAGCAUAUGCCAGCACAAGGGCUCUUCUAUGAGAGGAACAAGACAAAUUUUUUUAAUGGAAUCUGGCGCAUUCCUGUGGAUGAAAUUGACCGUCCUGGCAGCUUUGCCUCACAUAUGAACCGUUCAAUUGUUAUCUUACUUGAUGUUCUAUCACAACUGAAGGACCAUAAUACAUUGCUGAGAGUAUCUUCCAUGCUUCAAAGGACACCUGACCAAGGAAAAAAAUAUUUGCGUGAUGUGGAUCGCCAAGUACUUGCCAAGCGGGCGUUAGUUUUCACAGUAAAAGUGCUUGAGGACAACUUAAAAGAAUUAUCUGGGGUAUCGGAAGACCAGAUUCCAAAAUCAAUAGUUUCUCCAAUGGGGGAGAUGACAUCGGAUGCUUCAAACAAGCCUAAUGCUGAAGAGCACAAAGGCGUUGUGGCAAAAAAACUCACCAUCUCUGAGGGGCCUUUGAAAAGUACAGAAAAUGGAGUAAAUGAUAUUCCAAGGGAGCAAUUGCCCAAGCCUAUGGACAUGGAGCAAGGGGAUAAAAAUGAUGAAAUUUUGGGUGAGCUCAGCAAACCGUACACUGGCACAGAUGAACUAAUGGAAUUUGACAGCUCUGCUACACAAGGAAAACAGGAUUUUUCAUUCAAGCCUCCCGGUGGGGUGGAAGUGGACCACAACAAAACUGUUGGCCUGUCUGAGGGUAAGGGCCCUGAAUGCAAAACUGCUGAACUUUCUUUGGAGGACUUGAGCAUCAGCUCAAAACAGCAAGGGAUCACAGGGAUAUCACAUGUCACGGCCAAUCAAGUGGUCAGGAAAACGUGCAGGAAGAGAAAAUUGAUCGAUGACACGGAAACUGGGAAAGCUCUGCUGUUGGAUGCCUACAGGGUCUGGCAGCAAGGCCAGAAGGUCAUGACUGGUGACCUUGGGAAGAUCGAGAAAAUCAUGUCAGAAACCUAUAUGCUGAUUAAACAGGUUGAUGAAGAUGUGGCUUUGGAGCAAGCCAUGAAGUUCUGCCAACUGCAAAUGGCCACAGCACAGAAGCAGACAGGAGAGACGCCAACCACGCCAAAAUACUCCAAGGACUGUAAGGAAACCUUUUUCCCUGCCACAUCCAGCACCAUCUCCCAGUCUGUUUCCAUUUUGACGACGCCCAGUGCAGCGCUGCUUGAGAGCACCCGGCCAACUGAUUUGCAAUCUAAAAUGCGGUUAAGCCACAUGGUCCAGGGAGACCCACGAGGUGCCGAUGUCACACCACUGCCGACCGUGCGGGAUUCCGAACCCCAAACUGCUGCUCCAUCAGAGACGCACUCCAGCACAGCGUAUCUCACUCAAGAUGAGGAUUCAGAGGAGCCUAUAGAAGAGCUAAGCUAUCGGCAUCAGGAGAGCCUGUGUCAGCAGAUGAAAAUGGCGACUGUCGCUUCAUCCCAUGACACCUCUCGCUGGCAGGAAGAGGGCAAUUACACUCAACAGAAUGAGGGGUCUCGACCGGACCACUGCUCCAGUCACACUUCCAGCUCCGUAAGUGAGCCCUCUACAACCUCAGCGUCCCAGACCUGCAAAGGGGAUGGCAGUCGGAUAAAGUCGCGUGUCCCGCCAAACAUGCCAAAACUCUUCAUCCCAUCGUCUGUGGCAAAGUUUCCUCCAGAGAUAACAGUCACACCACCUACCCCCACCCUCUUGUCACCAAAAGGUAGUGUGUCUGAGGAGACCAAGCAAAAAUUAAAGACUGCCAUUCUGUCUGCACAGUCUGCUGCCAAUGUGAAGAAAGAGACUCUUCGGCAGCCAGCACUGGAAAUUCUGGAGACGUCGAGCCAAGAGUCUUCAUUAGAGAGUGACAGCGAUGAUGAGGAAGAUGACUACAUGGACAUAUGAGGUGUGGAUUCUCAAGCUGCAGCUAUGGGCAGCCAACUGAUGAAGACUUGUAAAAAUAAAUGGCAGUACGAUUUUCUACAGGAGGCACGGGUGCGUGAUACUUUAUAGGAAGUUCAUUGGAUAAGGUUGCAGCAUUCUCCCGCUAGCGUUGGCUGUUGUAAAUAUUAAAAGCACCAUGGCAGCAGGAGCAGCCAAACCUUGAGCCUCGCUUGCGUUCCUGCGUUCUGACUUCAAGCAAAGGCGCCGACCUUUCUGGAAGAGAAAUGUUAAUUUAUUUUUCAAGAACAGAUUUACCUGCAUUCUGUCAGAGUCAAUACACGAUAAUUUUAAUGGUCUCCUUUCUGACCAAGCGUGUCCCUCGCAGAGUUUCCAGCUCAAUUCUCGGGUGGAAUAAAAGGAAUGGAAUGAGAAUGGUGAAAAUUUGAUGGGUCAGAAAUACCGAGGGCCCGCCGCUAUUUCCAGCAUUUCUGCUGUUGUUUUGCUGGGUUUUUUGCUCUCCUCAGAGACGGCCUUGAAUUAAGCAGUACAGACGAGAAUGGAUUGGGACUUAGCUUUCCUGUAGAUUCUGCUAACUUCUCCCCAUGGUGACUUGUUUCCAUGAUCAUUCAGUUAACUUUCUUCCAUGUACUCUAGCUGGUUGGGCAUUACAUGAAUCUAGUGGGGCAGGGGAGAGUAAACACUUCUCAUCAUUUUUAUACUGAAUCUCUUUCUGCCUUGCUCCAUUUUUAGUCAUUAAUGGAUAAAUAUUAGUUUCCUUUGCAUGAUGUUAGUCGACAUUUUAGUUACAGGGAACUGACUGUAUAUCUUAAAGCUCAGUGAAGCCAAAUCUGCUCCAAAUCCUAGGUCUGGAUAUCUGGAAUAUGGACCAGGUUACUGGGAGGCAGUAAGAGGGUGAAGAGUGAGAUUUAUGCAGCGAGGAGGUUUCUCUACUGAAGUCUCUCAUAAUUUAAUGGUUGGUGGAUCAUGUCCAAGAUGCAGUGGAGGGUUUUUUGGGGGGAGAGACACCUCACAAGAAGGGGAAGGUUCAAGCAGUGCACCCUCUAUUUAAAAACAAAAGUGAAAAUGUGAAAGUGUAGCCAGUGUAUGCCCUGACCCAAGACCCAGGAGGAGAAUGGAUAGCCAACUCAAAAUUACUGCUGCCAUAGCCAGUCAUUCAACCUGCUGGUGAGUCUCUGGCUAAUAAUUUACAGCAAAUACCAGCACCAGGCCAAUAAAUUAUUCCGGUGUCUAGAACUGAUUGUACACCCAGUCAUGUUGUGUCAGACAAGAAAACAUUACUGAGAAUGGCAGGCAGUGUCUGUAAAUUACAACUGUCCACUUUCAUUUCUGUCUGACUCCUAUUGUUCUGGGCCGGAUCCUAUUGGAAUGGAGCUGUUAGUGAGAUGUUUUCUGGCAUAUUUACAUUGGUUAUAAGUUGCUGUAUAACUUGUUGGAACCUGAGAACAGCAUGGGUUUAAGCAGCAGGGUAUCGGGCAUCUUCACUUAUCUUCCAAACCAGGAAUUUCAGAACAAGACAGGGAUGCCUUAGAGGAGAAUUCAUUGAAUUCAAAUCAGUGACUGAAAAUGAAAUAGAAAGUAGAUUAGACUUGAUUUAAGAGAAAAAAAAAUGAGAGACAGUAAGAAAAUACAUUUUUAAGUCUCUCGGCAGAAUCUAUUGUAUUGAUGAUUGAAACUGAAAGCCCCCUUUGUAGCCUUAUUGAUUGGAUUUGCAUUAUCUCAGUCUUGAAAAGGUUGCCAAUUAUGAGCCCGAACCAUAGUGAGUUUAACGCAAAAUACAGUGAGUUUGGAACAACAAGAGGGUAAGAGCAAGAUGCCGUUUGUGCAAGGCAUGCGACACAGAUAUAAAUGCAUCUUUGAAUUCUGGAGGUUGGCAGCUCCUGGCUUCCUCUGAACCCACUGGCCAGUUUGUGCAGCAACAGAAGUCUACUGGCAUUUUCCAUGAAGGAUUUUGCAGUAUUUACAGAGCAAUUAAUGCCAGAGAUGUUUCUUUGCAGAGAGUAAGAUUCUUUUGACUAAAGCUCUGGUCCUAUUCACGGUACGUUUUGACGCUAUCGUGAGCUGUGUUGGUGAAUUACGGAGUGUUUCACAUGAAGUGUUGGCUGUUAUUAGGUACUGCAGCAUUAUAUAUCCCCACAAUACAUGCCCACCACAGAUGCAGCAGUGAGAGCUAUCAGUCAACAUCCGACUGAACAUGCAGAGCAGUGUAAGCUUGCAAUGGGUUCAUAUUCCCCACAAAAUUUACGUUCACCAAAUCCAAAGUGAUUCUGACAAAUCUGUCACUUAUUCAUUGGCUAUUUCACAAUUUACACCAAUUCAACUGGUCUUGAAAUUAACAUUUCAUUUUCAAAUAUUUAUUAUUUGCUAGAUGUGGAUAGCACUGAUGAAUUGCUAGAAUAUAGUUCUGAGCCUAAGUUAGUAUCUAGGAUGGAUGCUGCACACACACACACAUGCGCACACACACACACACGAGUAUGCACACAUGCUGAUUCUGGUUGCUCUGUCAGUCCUGUGGGUAUAUUGCUCUGGGCCCCUCUCCUGCAUUUAUCAAUGGCCACCUGCAAUGGGCGUGAGUUUGGAGAGGUCCCCAAGUGAGCUUUGGUACAAACCGUGUGCCUUGUAUUGAUUAGGCACUUUUAAUGCGAAACAUUGUCAGCCAUUUCAUAGAACAAGAUGUAAAGGUGGAUACAGAAGGAUUAUCAAUAGCUUCUAUGAAAUGCUUUUGAAAUGCUAGUUAUGAAGUAACAUCAAUGGAGGAAGUGGUUUGUUAGAGAGGUUCUGGGUGAGAAUUUGCAAACAGCCUUGGCAGCUGAAGAUUAAGGCCCAGCCAACACCAGAACCGGUGGAGUGAAGACAUUCUAGGAUAUGAAAGAGGUUAGAAUUUGUUUGUAGGUAGAAGAGUGAAAUUGAUUAAAAAAAACUUGCAGGUGUGCUUCAAGAGCCCAAUGUUAGUAAGGUAUUGAUAAACCAUGGGGUCACUUCAGAGAAAGAUCCCCCACUCACCAAAUAACUGAAGAAAACAUUGUUCUACAAAGUGCCACAGGAAUAUUGUUUUAUACAAUAUGUUUCCAUGACAGCAGAUGAACAUAAUAUACAAUUCUACAGCCUCAGUAAUGCAGACCGAGUCUUGAACACACUGGGGCCCCAGCACUUCACACACCACUAGUGCAGGGCAGCAGGUAAUCUGCAGUUGAAUGGGAAGAGGGUCAGACCAUGUCCCAUUGGAUUGUUGCCAUUCAGAAUGCAACUUAUUGAAGAGCUGCUUGCCAUGACCUCCCCACACCAGGCACGGGUGGGUGAUUAGUGUUGGCUGGGGCUGCUGCUGCGUGCAAUCUGCCUGCCAAGUUUCCAUACAUUACGACAGUGUUAGUGAGCGAAAGGCUUUGAGAACAUGAGUGGUGCAUUCUCAAUGCAGAUUCUGCCCAAGGUCACUUGAGAUGCUGAGGGGAGGAGGGGCCAACAUGUAUUAACUUUUGAUAACUUUUUGAGACAAUUGCUUCAAGGUCCCUGAGAGAAAUCUAAUUUGCAUUUGAAUAACUUGGAGACAUGUAAAAUACAUGAUGGGUUCCCAGCUGCAGGUUCCAGUUAGUGUUGAAUGUCUUUUUAUAUUGUACUUUUUCUAAGGGCUUCUGCCCCUUGGGUGCGCACUUACUACACAUUUUUACAGGGAGUGUUUUUAAUCUCUUACCGCUUAGCAGCAAAAAAAUAUUCAAGUGUUAGGGCUUGACUGUUGAAUGUUCUGUCACAGGAAUGAUCUCUGUUUUUUUAUAUUUGCCAUGUUUUAAUUGUAAAGCUAUUUGGACUCAACCUUUGUGUACAAACGUGUAAGAUUUUUUUGGAAACCAGAAACCCUGUUCUGGUGUUUGCAUGUGAAAUACAACGAGCUGAUGGCAGCUAUCAAUAAACCACAACCCCGGGCAAGCUGUUGGCUUGAGGGGCAGUCUGAC